CAUUCAAUGAAUAGAGUCCCAUGUGGUCCCGUCCCAAAUGUAUCAAUUAUAUUAUAUAGUUCACUGAAUCUAUCUCAUUUUUUUCUACCCUAUAUCAAUCCCCAGUUGGACAAGGUGUUUCGCACUCCCGCUUUGCGCACCCGAAUCGGAGGUUAUGACGUGCACUGACAGCUGACAGCGAUUCGUUUCUCUAGACAUUGGUUGAUCCGAACGAAUAUUUAACCGAAUGAAUCCUCGGAACAAAUAAUCGGAUUAUACCGAGGAUUUUGAUACUCGGAUUACCGAGGAUUUUUAAUUCGAAUGAUCCCAUCACUAUCAAAAAUAUCAAAAUUUAAAAUGUAAGGUUAAGAUUUUGAAUUUCGACAAAAACAGAAACAAAUAUAGAUGAUGUAAAUGUACAUUUUAUUAAUUGAAACAAACAUAAUAACAAUUCAAAUAAUGGCAAUAAAUGCUCACUAAAAUGUAACAAUGUUAGCUGAAGAGUCGUUCGAAACUCGUCAAAAUAAUGAGUUCGAAGCUUUACAAGCAAUAUAUAAUGAGCAUUUGUGUGAUUUACGUAAGAAAGCAGUUUGGAAUCAAUGGACCCCACUGGAUUUAUCAAUUACACUUACUCCUCAACAGGGGAGUCUAGGAACUCAAGAAUUUUAUGUCCAAGUUGAUUUGCACAUAAUUUGCAAUGAAAAAUAUCCUGAUAGUACUCCUAAUAUCCUAUUGGAAAAUGGCAAAGGAUUAUCUAAUACAAUUUUGAUGGAAUUAAAACAAUGUUUAGACGAAAAGGCAGAUAAUUUGAAAGGUGAAGAAAUGAUAUUCCAACUGUGUCAACUGGUUGAAGAAUUUUUACAUAAACAUAAUAAACCUGCUUCUAAAAGUUUUUACGAGGAAAUGUUAGAAAGACAAAAGGAGAAAGAAAUGAAGGAUUUACAAGCUAAGCAGAUUGAAUUGGAUAAACAACGCCAGUAUAUGAGAGAAGAAGUUCAAAAAAGAGAAGAAAUCUUAAGAUCAGAGGCCAAAAAGUGGAAAGAAACUAGACGCAAUUCUGAUAUUGAUACUGAAAUUGAUGACAGAAAGUCAUCAAUAACUUCAAGAAAGCAUUUAAACAGUUCUGCAGAAACUAGUGAAGAAUCUGUAUGUGAUCACAAAACUACAGUUAUAAUAUCGUUUGGAGUUAGAGAUAUUCAGAGAGGAAGAUGCAUAAAACAUUCAACUUCAAAUCACAUAACGUUUAGUGGAAUAGACACGGAAUCUGGGGAAUUGGUUUUAAUUAGUGAAUGGAGUUUUCCUUAUAAAACUAAAAAUGAUCUUCAACAAAUUCAGCGACAACUCGGAAGCAUUGAUCAAGAAAUAAAUUAUUUGAUGAAAUUGAAACAUUCAAAUCUCUCUCAAUAUUACGGAAUGAAAUAUGAUAUCAACAAUGAUAGUGUAACUGUGUUUUUAUUGAAGGAAUUUAUAUUUGGUACAAAUUGUUAUUCUCUGUUUACAAAUCAAGAUCUCAAAGUUGAUACGGAAUAUUUAAAACAUAUUGCUAGGGGUAUUCUUAUUGGAUUGGAUUACCUUCACAGAAACAAUGUUGUGCAUAAAGAUCUUAGAGAAUCUUGUAUAUACAUCAACGAUUGUGGUACAGUCGUAAUUUCAAAUUAUAGUAUUCAUCGUCGUUUAUUAGAUCUAUGCAGUCAAGGUCACUGUUACUAUAAUAAAAAGACUGAUAUUUUUAAAUUUGGACUGCUUAUUUUAUCUCUUUUGCAAGGCUAUACAAUUUCAGAAGAAAAUGUAGAAAUACCGAGUAUAUUUUCUUCAGAUCUCUAUGAUUUUUUAUCAAGAUGUUUAGCCGAAGAAGAAAAUGAUCGUUAUACGGCUACACAAUUAUUAAGUCAUUCAUUUUUCCAUAAACCUUUGAUUACAUUUUCACCAAAACAUGCCAACGAAGAAAUCGAAUUACAAAGUAAUGUUUCUCCUGAGAUAAACCAAACUGAUUUACAAGAUUUAUCAAAUAGUUUAACAAAUAGCCAAUCAAGAAUAAACAAUGAAUUCGAAUUUCUGCAACAUCUCGGCAAAGGAGCUUACGGCGAUGUUAUAAAAGUUAAAAAUAAAUUAGAUGGAGGCUACUAUGCAAUCAAACGUAUUCAGUUGAAUCCCAAAAAUAGAGCCUUGAACAAGAAAAUUGUUAGGGAAGUUAAGCUGCUCUCUAGAUUGAAUCAUGAAAACGUUGUACGGUAUUUUAAUUCUUGGAUUGAAACUACAACUAUUAAAGAUGACACCAACUCCAUGUCAAGCACUUUCUCUACAGAAGAAAGAAUACCAAAAAUUAUAAGAAAAACUGAGUUUACUGUCAACGAUAAUAUAGAAGCUCUAGCCCCAUCUAUGAAAAAUGUGGAAGUUUCUAUUACGUAUGACAGUAAAUCUCAAGCGCCAUACAUCAGUUCGUCUGAUGAUGAUUCUAGUGAUGAAGACGAAGGUUGGGGCGGUGGAAUAUAUGAAUUAUCCGAUUCUGAUAGCAUAGAAUUUGAACACGGAUCAGAAUCAGAAUCAAAAAGUGCAUCAACCACAAUCUCUACGCCCAAACCGUCCGACUCAGUUGAAGUUUCGCACGAAAUUAUCAAACAAAUUGAUUUCAUGUAUAUUCAGAUGGAGUUCUGUGAAAAAAGUACUUUAAGAACAGCUAUCGAUAACAAUUUAUAUUUAGAAAAUGAGAGAAUGUUGAGAUUAUUCAGGGAAAUAGUUGAAGGGUUAGCAUACAUCCAUCAACAAGGUAUGAUCCACAGAGAUUUGAAACCAGUAAAUAUUUUCCUGGAUUCCGAAGAUCAUGUAAAAAUCGGCGACUUUGGCCUGGCAACAACUAAUAUAAAAUCGAAACAAAAUGAAAGCAUAUUGUCUAAAAGUAUUUUAGAGACUGAAAAGGAAGAGACAGCAGAUGAAAGUAAAACUGGUUUUGUCGGUACUGCUCUGUACGUUGCACCAGAAAUUAGUAACGCUUGCAAGGUGAUUUACAGUCAAAAAGUUGACAUCUAUAGCUUAGGUAUCAUUUUAUUUGAAAUGUCUUACAAACCAUUAGACACGUCCAUGGAGAGAAUUAAAAUAUUAACUAAAUUAAGGCUAAAGGAAAUAAUAUUUCCUCCAGAUUUUGAAGAUGACAACAAUCAAAACCCAAUUGAAUUGAUUCGUUGGCUUUUGGAUCACGACCUUUCAAAACGUCCAACUUCUCAAGAACUCCUGCAAUCAGAACACAUACCCCCUCCUGUCCUGGAAGAAUGUGAACUCCGCGAGUUAGUAAGACACACGUUGAAUAAUCCACAACUAAAAGGAUACAAAUAUCUAAUUGCUUCCUGUUUCAAACAGAAUGUGACGUUUGUUCAGGAUAUCACAUACGACAAAGAUCCUUCUGCGCCAAAUCUAUCGAGGCCAUUGCCUUUACAGGAGUUCGUUAAAGAGAUUUGUAUAAAAAUAUUUAAGCAACAUGGUGGACAAAAUUUAGCGACACCUUUGCUUAUACCUAAAAGUAAAUAUUAUGAAAAUUUAGAUUCCUGUGUCAAACUGAUGACCCAUUUCGGAGGAAUUGUAUCUCUACCGCAUGAUUUGAGAGUUCCGUUCGCAAGAUAUCUUGCAUGGAAUGGCAUCGCAUCAUUAAGAAGAUAUUCCAUCGAAAGAGUGUAUAGAGAAAAAAAAGUUUUUGGAUUUCAACCAAGAGAACUAUAUGAAUGUGCUUUUGACAUUGUUAGUCCAACACCAGGUGUUCUAAUGUCAGACGCUGAAAUUUUGUACAUAGUUUAUGAAAUUUUAAACGAACUUCCUGGUAUUAAAAAUAAACAUUUCACCAUAAGACUAAACCAUAAUUUACUUUUGAAAUCGAUUCUUUUGCAUUAUGGGAUAAAGGAAGACAAUCAAGAAAUUUACACUAUGUUGUACGAUGUAAAGGAAAGUAAAGUUCCGAAAUAUCAAAUGCAAAACUACUUCAUCAGACUUGGUUUACCAGAUAACAAUAUAAACAUUUUGAUGAAUCUGUUUAAUUCCGAAUUUGAAAUUUCAAAAGUUGCAUCUCAUUUCCAAAUGAUAACGAAAAAAAGAUCUGGGGAUGCUAGUCAAUUUGCUAGACAGGCUUUACAAGAAUUAAAAAUUAUAAGUCAAAAUGCUGAAGCCUACGGAAUUGAGUACGAUAUGGUCGUUUCUCCCGGUUUAGUAUACAACGUUCAGCAGUAUUCCGGUAUGAUCUUCCAGUUUGCCUGCGAACUUAAGAAAAAACAUAAACACAAUGCAAUGGAAGUUCUAGCAGCAGGUGGAAGAUACGAUUCAAUGAUUUCAUGGUAUCGCUCUAUAAUGGAUCAAGCCACUCUCUCGAGUAGAAGUGUCCAACAAUCGGCUGUGGGCGUAUCAAUAUCAUUAGAUAAACUGGUACAGGCUUUACAAAAAGAACAAAUUGAAGAUAUUCCUAAGAUAGAUACUUUGGAUGUUGUAGUUUGUUCUGUAGGAAACAAGCAGAUGAUCCAUGAUAAAACAAAGAUUUUGAGAAGUUUGUGGGGAGCUGGUAUAAAAUGUUUUUUAAUUGAAACUACAAACAUUGAAGAAAUUCAAGAGCUACUAAACGAUUUAAAGGUUGCACAUGUUAUAAUGCUAAAAGACAAUGAACAGGGUAUGGUAAGAGUCAGAAGUUGGGAUAGAGAAAGAUUUCAAGAAAAAUCAUAUACAACUAAUGAGUUACUAGAAAAUAUGCAAAGGAUACUGAAGUAUUGGAGUGAUAAAAAUGACGAAAGUAAUCAAAUAACUUCACUUUCGCGGUCGGAAAGUCGAUCGUCUUAUGGGGAAAAGAAUCAACAGGUUCAAGAGGCAGAUGUGGAUGUUCUGUUUCUUGAUAAAAUCUCGUCUACGUCUAGAAAACGAUAUGAAACUCAGAUAAGGUCCCAAUUAAGCAACCUGUUCAAAAAAUUGACUGGAUUUGUGUUGGUAUUAGGACUUUCAACAGAAUCUGGUAUUAUAAGAACUUUAGCGUCCUAUUUAGAGUUCGAAACUGAGAUUAAUUUUCAAAAAUCGGUGGAAAGUGUCAUAGAAAGGCACCCAAGACAUAAGAAAUACCUUAUUGACAUUUGUGAUGAAAUAUAUGACCUGAAAACUAAGAGGAAAAACCCUACCGUUGUAUUGUAUAGUGUAUCAGAUAAUUUCCAUAAAGUAGUUUUGUAAUUUAUUUAGGAAAUAAAAAUAUUUUUAUUACUAUUUAACGUUUAUUUUGAAUUACUAAAUACACAGAUUUCCUUAAAAUUAAGAAAAGAAUACAAAAAGGUAUGUAUGGGUUAUCAAGUAAAAAUUUUAACUUUUUACGAAGAAUUUCUUUUUCUUCAGAAUCUAAAAACCUUAAAAUGUCAAACAACAGCUUAGUGAAAUAAUUAAUAUCCAUACCCUCCGCUGUAGCCACCCCACUGGUUAUAACCCCCAUAACCUCCUUGAGGAUAUUGCCAGUUUUGGUAUUGAUAUUGAUCACCCUGUCCGUAUUGAGGAUAGUAAUUGGGACCCUGUUGGUUGCCUGAAUAUGGAUAGUUUGGUUGACCUGAAUUUCCAUAUUGCCCAUAGUUACCAUAAGCACCGGAUGUUGAAGAUGAAGGUGGAGCUGGUUUAUCUUUAACUGACUUGGAUGUUACGGCAGUAGCUUCACUGCUGGGGGCGUUGCUGUUCAAAAUAAUGUUUAUCAAAUUCAUAAAAGUAUGUGAGCGAGACAACAUAUUUACUAAUAUUGUAAUUUUUCACAACAGAAAUU